AUGAUAUCCAACUUUCUGAACGGAUUGGAAGAUCCGAGGAGACCACUGCUCGGUCCAAAUUAUUGGAUUUUAAAGAGAAUGGGUCUGAUUCUGCCGGAUAAUAAAUUAGGCAGAAUCGCUUAUAAUUCUUUGCACGCACUUGUCACGCUUUUCGUGUUCACUCAAUAUAUGGAACUGUUUGAGAUUAGGAACAACUUGGAUUUGGUGCUCACCAACUUGAAGAUAUCGAUGCUGAGCAUAGUCUGCGUCGUGAAGGCGAACACAUUUGUCUUCUGGCAAAGCCAAUGGAGGGAGCUCAUCGACUAUGUCUGCAAAGCCGAUAAUUACGAAAGGGAGAACAAAGAUCCUGUGAAAGCUAAAAUCAUUGACACCUAUACGUUGUACUGCCGUCGGGUUGUAUUUUUUUAUUGGAUUCUGGUGUGCAUGACCGUCAUAACUGUUGUCAAUACACCGUUGUUAAGGUAUUUGUCGUCAAAGAACUACCGCGAGGCUUUGCAUAACGGCACGGAGCCUUUUCCCCACAUAUUCAGCGCUUGGGUGCCUUUCGAUAAGUACAACGGACCGGGUUAUUGGGUGACCGUAUUACACCACAUCGUCAUGUGCAGUUACGGCGGUGGUAUAAUGGCUGCUUACGACACCAGCGUGAUGGUCAUCAUGGUAUUCUUCGGUGGUAAGCUGGACUUGCUCCGUCAGCGAUGCAGUCAGAUUUUUGGGAGCAGCGGUCGGGGAGUCAGCGAGGGACAAGCCGCAGCAACUAUAAAGGAACUGCACGAGAUCCAUAAUCUCCUUAUGAAGAACUCAAAACUCUUCAACUCUCUACUGUCCCCGGUGAUGUUUCUCUACGUAAUAAUGUGCUCGUCAGUGCUUUGCUUCAAUCCUUUUCUGCCUUAUCCGUUCGGCGAGUCAGCGACGAACACAACACAGAAGUUGCUGAUGGCGGAGUAUUUGGUUUUCGGAAUCGCCCAGCUGUUCCUGUUCUGCUGGCACAGCAACGACGUGAUCGUGAAGAGCGGUAAUGCAAUGUUGGGGCCGUACGAGAGCGAAUGGUGGACGGGGGGCUUGCGACAGCGCAGAAGCAUCCUGCUGCUGUCAGGCCAGUUGAGGCGCGUCCACACCUUCACGGCCGGCCCCUUCACGGACCUGACGCUCUCGACAUUCAUAACGUUCAAAAAUCCACCACAACCUCAUAUGUGUAUUCAAGAUACUAUAAAAGACACUUCGGAGAAGUUAUAUAUAAAUGUUUUGGGAUGGCAGAAAAUUGCAAAUCCAAAACAAAACUCGGAUCCCAUACCAUUAUAUGGCGGAAUGCAGGUGCAUCAAGGCUGUGGACCUAACAGUACCCGACCACCACUACUUGUGUUUGCAGUGAUGGUCAACCCUGACAUAUUAAAGGCUAAUGGGAAGAAUGCUUCUAAUCCUACAGAUCGGGAAGCUUUAGUGAGUCUCCUUUGUGACUUUGUCGAGGCCAUGAACCCCGGCUUAGUGCUAGCAAGAAACCCAGUUAUUUUAAAAGAUAGAGACCUAGCUGGAGAACUGAAAGAUGUCUGGCUUGCAGUACAGAAUAAAAGAGAACGAGAGAAAGGAAUGAACCAAGAUGUUAUGUACAAGGUUUAUGAUAUUGAUGGCAUUGGCAAUGAAGACAUAAAUGAAGAUGAUAGGUCUAACCCCAGAAGUAAUAGACAGUAUGACAAUGGAUCCCCAAAUAGAAAUCACCAAAACAAUGAAAAGAAGAAUACUAUUAAAUCAUCUAAGCAAAUAUUGCUUAAUGCAGGACAAAAGUCAGAGUUUGACUCAGGAAUGAACAAUUAUCAAAUCAAUCAAAACCAAUCCAACAAGGACAAUAGGUGCAGCAAUACAGACUCUGAUACCACAUAUUGUACUCCUGUUUAUGGCCAAAUAGUGUCAAGUAGGGAGAAUCACAAUCAAAUCAAUGAGAUACAGCAGAAAUUCGCUUCCAACGAACCUGCAAAACCGUCGAGUUCGUUCAGAAAAGAUUGGAAUCCAGUCCAUGGCAAAAGUGAAGGUUGGAAUGACCACUCAAAACGUAAUGUUACAAAUAUGAAGAAUAUGGAGGACUUGAAAAAACAAAAAUGUACAAAAACAGACAAAACAAGCAAACAUGUGCCCAACGGUAAAUCCCAUUACGACUUCUUCCCGGUGUUUGACAAUAAAACCGCGAACGACGAAAUAGAAUCGGUCAGAGAAGUCAGUGCGGCGGGCGAAGGUUUAAGUAAAAAGCGGGGGUUGGACGAAGACAAUUCUAAAAUAAUAAUAGACCCAAUGCAAAAACUAGUUUUGCAUUCGACUGAUAAUAAAAUAUGUGAUAAUAAGACAAGUGCUCUCAGCUCAUUUAGCUCA